UCCCGUUUUCGCAACUUUUGCUAUCAAUUUUGCUGAUAAACACGUUUACAUAAACAUGUUUUUUCCUGUGUUUCGCUGUUGACCACGAUAAUUCGGGAGUCAUUUCGACUGGCUUAAUUUUGUUUUAACCGCGGGCUACCGUAGUGAAAUGAUCGCAAGAAAAGCGUGACGUAACGACUUCAACACGCCUGAUUUAUUGUAUUACUGAUUUUUAGCAACUUCCUGUAGAUUACUGAGUCGAUGUAUGUUUUGUACAGUUCCGUGACGUAUUAAGUAGGCUAAUUUCAAUUUCGUCCGACGAGUUAUUCCACCGCCAGUUUUCCCAUUUUUAUAACAAAACAUCUAAGAAGAUAACAGUCCGAGUCGUCCUCCGAGCGGAAUAGCAAUUAAUUGACCUGAACGAGACGUGCGUACGUAAUUAUCACAAUUGUGCAUCGUUGUGAAUGAUGUGAAGAAUGCGCCCGAACAUUCGGUGACGAAAAAUGUGGAAGCAGUUCUUUGUGAUCUUCACGUAUUUUCAUUGUGUUAAGUCACUACCUCAAGUUAUCACAGUUCCUGCAGAUGACCACCUGAGCACGAAACAGGGUACUUUAUCCCCUAGAGACACCAUUAGCAUAGGUAGUUGCAAAAUAGUUAUAAAUAAAUUAUGUCCCGAUCCCGACGUUACGUUUUACUUGUAUUCGAAAAAACACCCCGAGGAACCUGAAGGUGUCCGAAUUGGGGCUGAUCCAGGGGUUUCUAAUUUGACUGCAACCGCUUUCAAUCCGGCCCUGCCUACUAAAAUUAUUAUUCAUGGGUAUAACUCGGAUAUGUACUUGAAUGUUUUGAUCGAAAUAAAAAAACAAUAUUUUCUGAAGACCCAAGACCUCAACAUCUUCUUCGUGGAUUGGGCCUCUUUAGCUGCAGGUCCGUGCUACCCGGCUGCCGUCUGGAACACCAAACACGUGGGGGAGUGCACAGCCCAACUGGUCGAACGAAUCCGGGAGUUCGGGAACGAAGAUAUCCACCUCGUGGGUUUCAGUCUAGGUGGACAAUUAACCAAUUUCGUGGCCAAUACUCUGCGACCGUACCAAGUCCCGAGAAUCACAGGCCUGGAUCCCGCAGGACCUGGGUUUCUCACCGUAAGCCCUGAAAACAAACUGGACAAAGGGGACGCUCAAUUCGUGGACGUGCUUCACACCAAUGCUUUUAUUCAAGGUACGGUGGAGGAGAGUGGCCAUGUGGAUUUUUAUCUCAAUGGAGGAGUGAUCCAGCCUGGGUGUUGGGCCGAAAAUAGAUUUUUCGCCUGCAACCACCACAGAGCGCCUAUUUACUUCGCCGAAUCCAUCACGACGAAACUGGGUUUUUGGGGCUGGCCUUGUCCGUCGUAUGGCGACUAUUUAUUCGGACGGUGUCCACCAAAAGAGCCCCAGAUUAUCAUGGGCGAAUCCAUUAAUGCAACGUCGCGCGGGGUCCAUCUAGUGAUCACCGACUCGGUUUCGCCUUUCGCAGUCGGGAAGUUUACCGGACCGGCGAUUGAAAUCUACCUCAAGUCGGAAAAACACAGACUCAAUAUUUUGCGCAAAUACAGAAAGCAAGUUAUGAGUUAUAUCGACGAAGAUGACGUCGUUGAAGCUUUGCAGCAACACAGCAAGUCGAAAAAUCCAAACAGGAGAAUUCUCUAUCCAGAUUUUGAGAAUAUAACUGAAAUCUAUGUGAGCAUUUCGCGGAAUGGAAAAUUAAACGAGGUAAAUGUGUGUCGACAUAUAAAGUUUAAUUUUAGUUCGUCAUGUGCCACUAGCGAUAAAAAUAGACAAAUGGUUUACACACCCGAAGUUUUGGAAAAAAUUCCAUCCGUCGACUUCUGCCUAGCCGACGCCAAAAAACACCACGUCUUCUUCUACUUAUUCAAGAGUAGCCACCAAACCACGGCAAUAGUUUUAAACGAGAAUUAUGAGUUACCCGAAGACGAUAAAAAACUUCCAAUGAAAGUACUAAUGCACGGAUUUACCUCAAACGUGACCACGCCAUGGUACAAAGAAACGAAAAAAGCGUAUUUCCAGAAGGGUCCCCACAAUAUCGUUUACGUUGACUGGUCCAUAGCAGCCAACAAAAGUUUUGCGGUAUCAGGAGCCAAUAUUAAACCCGUGGGAGAAUUUAUAGCCGAUUUGAUACUAAGUCUGAAAGUUCCACUAGAAAAUGUACACCUAAUUGGACAUUCUCUUGGAGCUCACCUGGCAGGCUUCGUCGGCAAAAACUUAUUCGCAAGAACAGGCAACAAAGUCGCCCGAAUUACCGCCACUGAUGCAGCCGGACCUGGCUUCGAGCGCUCAGAAGCCGAAGCCCGAUUGAGCAAACACGAUGCGAGUUUUGUCGACGUGAUACACACAGAUGUGGGGUAUUUUGGCAUAAUGAAACCCAUAGGACACGUGGACUUCUACGUGAAUUAUGGGUCAAUCCAACCCGGUUGUCCUCCACGCCAAGUCGAUGACAACUGCAGCCACGCCCGUUCCAACGACUAUUUCAUCGAAAGUAUUAACACACAAGGUAUUACGGCAAAAAUCGCAAAAUUUGGCGAUGCAGGAAAAAUCGUUUUGGCCAAUAAAACCGACGAGGUUGUGUUCGGAAAUGCAACCCCAACAACCGCUAGAGGGAUCUACGUUUUGGAAACUAAUUCAGCGGCGCCGUUCCUGGCCCCCAAGAAGAAGAAGAGAAAGUUUAUGUUUGCGCAUUGAAAUCGGUUAUUUUUAUUUAUUUUUGUUGUAUCACACAUACGCAGUAUACGUUUCGUGUA